UGAAAAUGCCGUCGGUUUCGAAAACGGCGGCCAAUGCGUCUCCUCAAACCGAGAAACCUACCCACUAUACAUACUUGAAGGAGUUCAGGACAGAGCAGUGCCCGUUGUUCCUUCAGCACAAGUGUACGCAGCACAGACCCUUUACGUGCUUUCACUGGCAUUUCCUCAACCAGCGGCGGAGGCGACCCAUCAGGAGGCGAGACGGGACCUUUAACUACAGCCCGGACGUCUACUGCACCAAAUACGACGAGACCACAGGCAUCUGCCCCGAUGGAGACGACUGUCCUUAUUUACACCGGACCACUGGUGACACAGAGCGCAAGUACCAUCUACGCUAUUACAAGACGGGCACUUGUAUCCAUGAGACGGAUGCUCGAGGGCAUUGUGUGAAGAACGGCCUCCACUGUGCGUUUGCUCACGGGCCGCAUGACCUUCGACCUCCAGUCUAUGAUAUCAGAGAAAUUCAAGCACAAGAAGCUCUUCAGAAUGGUCAGCUCGGCUCUGGGGAAGGAAUCCCAGAUUUGCAGCCUGGUGUUUUAGCCAGCCAAGCUAUGAUUGAGAAAACUCUGACGGAAGACCCUCGGUGGCAAGAUACCAACUUUGUUUUAGCCAAUUAUAAAACAGACCAGUGUACUAAGCCCCCACGACUAUGCAGACAGGGUUAUGCCUGCCCACACUACCACAACAGUAGAGACCGAAGACGAAAUCCACGAAAGUUCAAAUAUAGGUCGACUCCUUGCCCGAAUGUGAAACACGGGGACGAAUGGGGCGAGCCGUCCAAGUGCGACAGUGGAGACAGUUGCCAGUAUUGUCACUCCCGCACUGAACAGCAGUUUCACCCAGAGAUCUACAAAUCUACCAAAUGCAAUGAUAUGAGGCAAACUGGAUACUGUCCACGAGGACCAUUCUGUGCAUUCGCACAUGUAGAAAGAAUUCCCUCCACAGAAGAGACCAUGGGUUCGUUGCUGACAGCGAUGCAGUCGAGCUCACAGUCCCAGCUGGGCUCUCAGCAGUAUUCAGAGUGUCCAGUCAGUGAGUGGAACAGUGGAGGAAACUCCACCAUCAGCGCAACCAGUAGCAACGGACAAGUAGAAAGUAUUAAGAAUAAGCUGGAUCACAAAAUGAUGGACCAAGAAAAGCAGACACAAAAUACUGUAUUCUCUGCGGUGAACCCUUUAGCGUCCAGCUUUACCUCCAGUAUAACGUCCAGCUUGGCCUCAAGUAUUGGCUCUGACAGCUCGUCACCCACCACCUUAUCAACGAUGAAUGCAAAAGCCACUCCUUUCUAUCCCGGGAGCAACACGGUGGAGUCUGUCAUAGGUUCUGCUCUGGACCUCAACUUCAGUGACAUUAAUGUGGCGUCUCUGGACAAGGAGUUAGAGGAGCAGGACCACAGUGUUGGGUUGACAAGUCACAGAGUUCUCGUCGGCUCAGCCCCCGUUAACAUUCCCGGCUCUCUGGCACGGUCGUCCUCUUUCAAUUCCUCGUCAUCGCUCUCCACCUCCCCGCUGAGCUCGCUCUCCCAGUCGCUGUCACAGUCUCUCCUGUCUGCGGCGGUAUCGCAGCAAAAUCAACCUUCAAAUAUGUUGGCCAAACAAGAGCACGGCCUCCUGGGAACGACCACCUCCUCUUCCCAGAACUCUUUAGGCUUAAAUGGAGGAGCCAGCAGCAUUUGGGACUUUGUUAGCGGCAGCUUUUCGCCGAGUCCAUCUCCAGUUUUCAGCAGCCUGACCUCCACAAGCAGCGGCGCUGAUCUGACGCGACUUUUUAGAGAGCUGGACGAGGCCAAGAGGAAGAUCAAGCAAUGGGAGGAGGCCUGGCAUCAGGUCAAACAGGCGUGUGAAGCAUGCCAGAAAGAAGCCCGCGAGGCGAAGGAGCAAGCGAAAACGGCCGAGGCGGAGCGGCAGCUGGCGGAGCAGAAAUGGGAGGAGACGGAGCGCAAGCUGAAAGAGCUCCAAGGAGACUUUGACGUUCUCUGCCGCUCCCCGGGAACACCGCUCCUGCGCAGCUAUGGCGAGCUGGAGCAGCUCCCCUUGUCCAAACUCCACUCCAUCCAGAGUCAGCUGCGUAAUGACCUAGACCUUAUAGACGGGGUAAUAUAUCAGCUUCAGUCAAAGAAAUGUAUAGUUUGCCAAAAGCAUGAUCGUUGCAUUGUUCUGCAGCCUUGCCAACAUUAUGUGUUCUGUGAGACGUGUGCACCUAGUAAAACAGAAUGUCCUUACUGUAGAACGAAAAUACUCAAGUGGUGAUGUAGAGAGUUUUCAGUGAAUUGAGGUACUAUUUAAAAUGAAUUAGCCCUUUGGUGAAACUACUUAUGUAUUACUAAGGUAUUACAAUACACUUUCUAAAUAGCAAUGUCUGUUUUCAUACAGUGAUUUAAUUCAUUUAGAAACAAAAUGAUGUUUGACUGACGAGAGCGUCGCAAAACCGCGUCGUGUACGAGGGGAUUCAGUCACCGCUGCUUUUGCUCAUUUUAUCUAUACGACCAGAUCUCCACAAAGAGCUGCGGAACCCAGAUUAGAAUAUGAAAUGUACCCUGUGGUGCCUAACCCUCAAUUAUGACUCGAGACAAUAAAGAACGAUUGAUUUACACUGUGAUGUAAAGACAUUGUACUGACAAGAAAUGCAAAUAUGCAUUGUCCUUUUGAUAAAUUGCUAUUUUUAUGAAAUACAAAAUUACAAACAAAAGUAAAAUUGCACUUAGUAUAAGUUUAAAACUAAAAAGACAUGAAUGAGGCUGGGUUCAUUACUGGUUCUUACCUUUCAUGUCGAAGGUUUUUAGUGAAUGUGUUUCAACUCGAGGGGGUUUUUGUGUGUAAAGACUGGAAAACGUUGCUACUCUUAACAUGAAAAGGAAUAUGUCAGUUUUAAAAAAGCAUAGUUAAAAAAAAAACGCCUCAUGUCUGUCACAUUUUAAGAUCAAUCUAAGAGUGGAAAAGGUUUGUGGAAUGAAAUUAUAAUUCAGAAUAUUCAAAUCAAACGUUUCCUCUCUGUUUGAUCGGUGGAUCCGUUUCACACGGUCAGGAGAUCGUUAUUUAAAAUGGUGAAAGCACAGCAUUAAUGGGCAAAACUCAAAGUGGACGAAUGUGACGUGUAUUUACAACAUUUUAUAAAAGAUUGGAGCUUCCAGGAACUGGCAGAUUUUGUAUUUGUAAGAGGUUUCCCGUUCAUGUGCAGCAGCGUGGGGGGAAAAAUGUGUGAAAAGCAAAUUCCACCGCGGCUUCUGUUGUUACUAAGCAACCAAAAAUGAGGGAGCUGCCGAGAUUUUUGAAGUUGUUGCAGCUUCGUGGAAUUUGAAACACAUUCAAGCGAGAGUUUGACCUACGUCUAAAGUAUUAAGCACACAAAAAUCGAACUUGGCUGCACACAAACGGCCCCUUAAUUUGCAGAUUUGUUAAUCAAUCAGCAGCAGUAAAUGUCGGACAUUUGUCACAGUUCAUCUUUAGGUGAAGCCGCCAUUUGCUUCAAAACCCCUCCAGAUUUUUCCAAAUGCCGCCAGUCAAGCAUCAUUAUUUUUGACCAACUUUCUGAAGAAGUCUGAUUUCUUAUUAAAGCACUUUGUUGACCUGGGACUUAAUUAAAGGGUAUAUAGAGUUGUUUUUCUUAUUUGCUUUAAGCUGCUUUGUAGGUAUUUGUUUGUGUCUCUUUUUUUUUUGUUAGUUUUAUACUUUUUUCCUAUAUAAGCUAAUGUCUGAAGCAUUGUCUGUGUGUACUGUGAAACAUAAUUUGAAUAUUUCAAUGUUUCCUAUUGUUAAAAUCAUGGCAUGGUUCUACAUAUUAUGUAAAGAUUUCAUAGAAAAAAAAAGUACUUAAAUAGUUUCUACUUUCAUAGUUAGAUUUAUAAAAAAUAAAAGAGAAAAAUUUCAAUCAAAUAAAGUGCAAAUUUAAGAUGCAUUUUAGGCGUAAACCAGCAGCUGUAAUAUCAGUAAAGGCACAUGCUACAUGUUAAGGCUGUUAUUCAAUCACUUAGUUUGGUUUUUGUAGAGAUUUAUAUUAGCCUAGCCGUUAGAAGAAGCAUGUAUUGUAUUUGCUAAAAGCCUGAAAUGGUGAUUUUUCUUUUCUUUCCUUCUUUUUUGUAGGAAUCUAGCCUCUUGACUUUGUCUAGAACAUAUCGGCCUCUAACUCUUAAAGUGCCUUGCCUUAGCGCGGGAAAAAAAGGAUUUUGUGUCGAAUUCUCCCGAGCGAGACAUAAGUCGUCAAAGCUUGCGCGCAGGUUUUUCGACAAUGAAGCCGUGACACGCGUGUGUUAUGAUGGUGUGUGCGUGUACACACAUUUAUACAGUAUAAACAUACCGGUGUGAUUGGCAAAUCCCAUUAUUUAAGUAUUUCUGCGGAAAGGUCAUUGAAAACAAACAUUGAUCCCAUCCAGACUUGGUGUUGACGUCCCUCCUCAGCGCAGGGAAGCAUGAUAUUGGGACUUUUUGGGCCGAGAACGGAUACCGGUUUACAUUUUCUCCCACACCUAACUCCAGAGGUCAUGUAGUCUCUUCUGUAUUGAAACAAACAUAAUAUUUUACAUACUCGUGUCGCAGCAGAUGCAGAUAUACAUUUCCGUAAUUGCGUAAAGUAAAGAAACAUAGAAGUAAAAAGUAAUCUGUCCAGAAUGUGUCUUGGAUCACAGCAGCUACAUACAGAUUACCAGCCACUGUAUGUCGUUCACAUCCAAGUACUUGAUUUGAACUACAGGUGACUUCUACCUGAAUGGGACUGUCCUCUCACACACUGAUACCUGCAUUCACCUGCUAAUAUUAGUGUGAAAGAGGCUUCAGUAUUAAAAGUGGGGGGGAUGGUUCCAAAACAAUGUCAAUGCUGAGCAUAAUCCAAAACAACGGCAAUGAUUUUAAUGUGGUGGCCAAGUAUUGGGAUCUAGGAUUACGCUCUCUGUGUCACGACAACUGGAAAAGUCACUACAUCCGCUGGUGGUGUGUGGAGACAUGUGGCCACCGCUCUUAGCAGUGCAUGAAUGUAAUCCGUCAUCGGGUGGGAUUAAAAUCCACUUUCUCAAGUGACGUCAUGACUAAUUUUUAAAAAACAAAACAAAUGAACAAGAGCUUUGAUUCUCUGAUGCGCUUUUCCACUACUAGUGCCAGCACGACACAACUUGGAACGCUUGUUUGGGUUUUUUUGCUUUGCCAUUCGUGAUAGUACCUGGUACCUUUUUUUUUUUUUUAGUACCAGCAUUAGUGAGGUUCCAUCGAUCAUUAACGCACAAGGACAAACGCGCACAUAAAACUCGUUAACAUCAGACACAUCUGUACAGUCGCACUUGAGGACGGAUGUUAAAACCAGGUCUUGGCGUGGUCUCUGUCGGUGCCUGUCCUGACUUCAACCUUUUGAGAUGGAACCCCUCUUUUUCUCCAACAACCAACCACUUCUCCACCCACUCAUUCCUUUUGGUCGUGGUGCUCUUUUUUUGGUGCAGCUUGAGUCAUUUUGAAAUUAGGUUUUUCAAAUUGAAGGUUUGGGAGUAUGCAAACACGUGACUUUGUACAGCGACGCGCGUAUAUAUACAAAUGCUUUUUAAACCGUUCCGUGAGUUUAGUUUAGAUUGUAAUAAUUCUGCAGCGAAUGAAGAAUCCUGUAGUAACGUUUUUUUUUUAAAUGUUUCUUUCUUUUCUUUGUCGUUGUGCUUAGGUUGCUAUAAAUUGAAAUGACCUUCUACUGUGUUAAAACAAAAAAUCUUUUUAUUCCUGCUUUAAAAGUCACUAGAAAAUCUCGUAUCUCCAGGUACACCCUUUUUACUACUACUUCUAUUAGAAAUAUGGGAAUAAUGCAUUGUUUACAUUCACAGAAAUGACAAUUAAGCAACUCAGAGGAAAACAAACAACAACAAAAGCUGAUAGUAUUUUAGCAUUUUCAUGACAAUAUUUCAGCAUCAAUAGGCAGG